AUGUAUCUUCAUCUUGGAGCAAUCCCUGCGAACCACCGUCUCCUCGAGGACGGCUUCACCGUUUUGGAUGACCCACUAGUUGGGGAACGUAUCACGGAGAUGGCGGAGAGAGGCUUCCCAUACUUCACAGAAUACGGCUUGGAUUUCUGCAAACAGUUCGCUUUUGAUGAGCGCAUCCGGUCCAUCCUUGAGGCCGCCUUCGAAAAAUGUAGCCUUGGUCAUUGGCUAAGAUAUGAGGAAUUCCCUGGACAUAUUGAAUGCUUCAGGAGGGGCGGUCGAAAGGCUGGUCGCCUCGUUCUGACGGUUCAUCUGUGGGCCAAAGGAUCGCAAGUAGCGUACUAUGCCGGUUCGCACCUUCACGACAUGGCAACUUCGAGGGGAAGACGGUCUUUGCAUGAAAUACCGCUUUCUGAGUUGAGUCGUGUCGGCUCUAAUCCUAAGCACAAAGAGUUCCCAGAUGGUGGUUUAGCGAUCCUUGACGCGCGGCUUGGCUUCGAAAUCAAGCAAGGAUAUGCAAUCACGUUUCUAUUUGCGGUGGACGAGGUAAUCGCCAACUGGGCUAAAAUAGUCCUUCCUUACUCAGAAGCCUUGGUAGGAAAAGUGUCUGAAAUGGGGAGGGAGAGCAAAAAAAUUGGGCUGAAUUUUACAUUUGAGGCUUCCCCAGGAAGCAGAGGUACAUAGCUGACAUCAUGGGAAGUGUAAUAGUGUAAUGAUGUUGGAAAACCAACAGCCCCGAUCCCAGGGUGAUCACACGAUUAAAGGUCACGACAGUGGGCUGGGGUGUUCCAGAGCACCAAGAAGGGAUUGAUUCUCCUCUAAUCCAAAUUGAUCCUCCUUGGGGAAAUCGCCUUUUUAUAGCUGGAAGGAGACAGUGUGCCAUGAUAUGACGGCUACGUCAGAGACUGCUUCAUGCGGAUAAACCAAUUUUGACCGAGAGUCUUCCAAGUCCGUCAACCGGCCGUCAUAGUGAUAGAUCUGUGGUGUUCGAGAGUCUCCGGGGCCGUCAACGGGGCUCUGCCCGUCAUACUUCCAACAAAUGGGCUGGCCCCAUGAUGGCCUCGGUAACCCUCGGCCGUGGUGUCAUGACAAUCUCAUUUUGAGG